CAUAGUGGUGUGAUUUGUGUGACUUUGACAGUCACAAACGAGACAGCUACAAAAAUAUUUCAUUCAGCGAAACGAAAAUGUGUAAAUUAAUUUGAAAAUUAUGACGCUGUCUCUGACAUAGACAAGAUUUAUCGUUAUUCCGCGGAAGACAAGCCCCGAUAUUUUUUGUGUGAAUUGAUAUCCAAACGCAAUUGAUUCUCGUCGAUUUAGUGUAAAAACAAAAGAAAAUAGAAAAGAAAAUGUGGCAGAGAAUUCUCACCGCGGAAUAUUUAACCGAAACACAUUUGUCUGGCUUGUCAUCAUACAAGUACAGUGCAAGAGAUACUUCACCGUUAAGCAUCUAUGUUAUGCACCCAUUUUGGAACCAUGUCGUGGAGUAUUUUCCACGGUGGAUAGCACCGAACGUAAUGACUUUCGUUGGAUUUCUCUUCACUGCCUUAAACUUUGUCCUGUUGUCAUAUUACGAUUGGAGCUUCACAGCUAGUACCGGCAACGAAGGUACAACACCGAUUCCAAACUGGGUUUGGCUGUGUGCGGCGUUUAACAUUUUUGCUGCAUAUACCCUUGAUGGAAUUGAUGGUAAACAAGCGCGCCGUAUCGGUCUGUCUGGUCCACUUGGCGAACUUUUCGAUCAUGGCCUGGAUUCUUAUACGGCAAUACUGAUACCGGGAUGCCUGUACAGUUUGUUUGGUCGCGACGAUUCGUCGGUGCCUCCCAUUCGAAUGUACUACAUUAUGUGGAUGGUGUUCUUCAAUUUUUACAUAUCGCACUGGGAAAAGUACAACACAGGCGUGCUGUAUCUGCCAUGGGGCUACGAUUUCAGUAUGUGGGGAUCCACUCUGCUGUAUCUGACGACCUGGCUGGGAACGUAUGAAAUUUGGAAGCGCACGUUACCAUUUGGCAUUGCACCUGGGCUCGCAAUGGAAUUCAUUUUGCAUAUCAGUUGUCUCUCUAGUCUGCCGAUGGUUGUGUACAAUGUGUAUAUGUCGUACAAGGAAAAAACUGGCAAAAUGCGGACACCGAUCGAGGCGGCCCGACCACUCAUUUCGUUUUUCUUUUUCCUGGGCCUGUUUCUGUACUGGGCAUUUAAGUCGCCGAACAAUAUCAUUGAAACGGACACACGAAUCGUUUAUCUGCUCAGUGGAACACUGUUCAGUAACAUUAGUUGCCGUUUGAUUGUUGCGCAAAUGUCUAGUACACGCUGUGAGGCCUUUCAUUGGAUGACUCCGUUGUUUUGUUUAAGUGUUUUGAUUAGCUUGUAUGUACCGUUUCUGGAGCGGCCGCUGCUGUACUUAUUAUGCAUCUUCACAACGCUGUCCCAUUGGCAUUACGGAACCAAAGUGGUGCAGCAGAUGUGUCUGCAUUUUAAUCGUAUCUGUUUUAGCGUGAAGUUUCGAACACCCACAAAGAAAUUGUCAUAAGUUGUGUCUCUAAUCAGUAAGUCAGUAAAAUUUUGUCCUAGAACUAAUAAUUUAAGUUAAAAAAACAAAAACAAAACAAAAGAAUUUAUUGUAAUUGUGAAAGUGAUGAUUUUAGUUCAAUUCAACCACAUCCAUUUAACAUAAUACGGUGUGGAUAUUAGAAACGUAAAAUUUGAUGAAAUUUUAGUCAAAACAAGAUGGAACCACACUGAUCCCUCAUAAAGUAAAUUUUGUUAAUUUAUGUUCGAACGGAAACGGAAAAUUUUAUUUUUAAUUUGAUAGUCAAAGCUUGGCAGUUCUAGUAUUAAAAUUUUGAAUAACAGCCGUCGUCUUGACGAAAAUAUCCCGGAACAAAAAACCCUAAUUCGAAUAAAAUGCGAAGCUUUUGUCACAACUGAACGGAAUGGAUUGAAUGUUGAAAGAGAACAGUACCACCAGGCUAAAAUGGUUUGUUAAAAUGCAUGUCUCGUCUCGUAUGCUUCCCUUGAUGAAAGUCUCUAAAAUUGCAACUUGGCAUGACGUAACCAGUAACAGACUGUGAAUCUCGUUGUUCAUCAGAACGACUCAAUUUCAAGUAAUUUCAAUUGAAGGGCUCACUGCUGGCGUGGAAAUAAUGUGAUGUAGUUGCCGGGAAUUUGAGCCCUUGCUGAACGAACCCACUGAGAAAUGUAUGACUGGGAAGCCUAUUUUAUAUAUUUGGUUACGCGGAAAUUUUGACUCGGUUCCCGAGAAGAAAACAUUAUUUCCAUGUCCGCUUCACUUAUUUACGUGAUGUUCUGCUUUCGGAUUGAUUGGAUCAUCACAAAAUCGCGUCCUGCUUUUGUUGAGGACACAAUUUCAUUCAAUUUCAUUCAAUUUUACCCCUAGGAACGUUAUGAGUGAUCUACUCUUCAAGCUAGAAUGGGAAGAAAUGUCCUCUCGAAAUUCUGCUCGAAAUAAUUGUCUUUGCCACUCACAAUUGAUUUUAGUCCGGCAAUUCGAAGAAAAUUGGAAUUUAAAAGGAGGUCAGUCCAAUCACCUUUCGGUCAUUAAAAUUAUUGGAAAAUUUCAAUGUCGAGUGCUUUAAACAGCUAUGAUAGAAGCAUAUUGAUGCCAGCUGGUAUAAAUAAAUCAAUUUUCUUGCGACAUUCAAUUCAAGUGACUGAUAGCUAAAUGUUCCGACCGUUCGUUGUUGUAAAAGUAAUUCCUUAUACAUACCAUGGGGCCUGUAUCAACGACAAUGUUUUCGCGAAUUUUUGUGGUAGUUCAUGGGUUUGACGAUUUCCACGAAAAUUCGCAAAAAAACAUUUUCCUUUAUAGAGGUCCCACCCCACAUAUACAUUCGACCGCUAGAUUACAAUUAAAUUAGACAAAUUACAAUAAAAAUACGCUUAAUACGUGAAACAGUGAACGAAAAAUCGUUAAAAAUCGAAUCCAAUGGACCCAUUCUCGAUAUCUCUAAAUUAUGCCACAGUUUACGCAUCCAUCACAAAGUAAUUUAUUUGUAGAGUCACGUGCGUGAGAGAGAUAUUAGAAAGAAAGAAAGAAAGAAAGAAAGAGAGAGAGAGAGAG